AUGUCUACCCGGGCCAGGUCCAAUGAGCCCAUUGCCAUCAUCGGCGGCGGCUGCCGCUUUCCCGGCGGUGCGUCGAGUCCUUCUAAGCUCUGGGAUCUCCUGAGAAACCCCAGAGACUUGGUCAAGAGAAUCCCGAAAGACCGGUUUAAUGUGGACGCCUUCUACCAUCCCGAUGCGUCCUUUCACGGUCGAACCAAUGCGCGAUACGGCUACUUCCUUGACGAAGACCCAUACGCUUUCGACGCUGGCUUCUUCAACAUCCCGCCCACGGAAGCUGAAACAGUGGAUCCUCAACAGCGUCUUCUGCUGGAAACUGUAUACGACAGCAUUACAGCCGCUGGUCUGAAGCUCGAGGACCUUCGGGGGUCUCCCACUGCCGUCUACGUUGGACUGAUGCAACGUGACUUCCUCGAUAGCCAGAACUACGAUCUUGAUGCUCUCAACACCUAUGCCGCGACCGGGACGGCGGCAUCCAUCCUCUCCUCCCUCGUUGCUGUUCACCAUGCCGUCGAGCAACUGAGGACAGGCUUGAGCAAGGUCGCCGUUGCCGCCGGCUCGAACCUGAUGCUGGGUCCAGUUCCUUUCAUUUCUGCCAGCAAGCUGAACAUGUUCUCACCGACUGGCCGUUCUCGAAUGUGGGAUGCUGGGGCCGAUGGAUACGCCAGGGGCGAAGGCGUCGCCGCUAUUGUGAUGAAGACGCUCACUCAGGCCAUUGCAGAUGGCGACGUUAUUGAGUGUAUCAUUCGCGAAAGCGGUGUCAACCAGGACGGCAAGACGGCAGGCAUCACAAUGCCCAACGCCUCAGCCCAGGAAGCUCUCAUUCGCCAGGUGUAUGAGCGAGCAGGUCUCGACAUAAACAGGCGCGAGGACCGCUGCCAAUACUUCGAAGCCCACGGGACCGGAACGCCGGCAGGGGAUCCGCAAGAAGCCAAGGCAAUCUCCUCCGCUUUCUUCGGGCAGAGACCGCGUGCCGAAGACGAAGAGCCCCUGUACGUUGGGAGUAUCAAGACUGUCAUCGGCCACACCGAGGGUACCGCCGGCAUCGCUGGCGUGAUCAAAGCCUCUCACAUCAUUCAGCACGGUCUCCUGGUGCCAAACAUGCUGCUUGACGAGCUGAGUCCAAGGGUAGCCCCUUUCUGUUCAGAUCUCCGCAUCGUCACCAAGCAGCAGCAAUGGCCGGCGCUCAAAUGCAACCAACCGCGGCGCGUGAGCGUCAACUCGUUUGGAUUCGGUGGAACAAAUGCCCACGUAAUCUUGGAGUCAUACUCUCCCUGCUCCACGUAUCAGGGGAAAACACCAGGCGAGCUAUCGACACCUUGCCUCGCGCCAAUCACGCUCUCUGCCAACUCCGAAGCCUCUCUCAGAGCCUCCAUGGAAAGCCUUGGACAGUGUCUCAAGAACCAUCCCGACAUACAGCUGCGAGACCUUGCUUGGACACUGCUGAAAAAGCGGUCGAAUCUCCAAGUCCGCCAUACCAUUCAGGCCAAGACCGUGCAAGGUGUCUGCGAGGCUAUCGAGCGUGAUGCCCCCUUGAUGCAGGGAAAUCAGACCAUCGCAACCAGCUCGGACGUCAAGAUGACACCCCAAGUACUCGGGGUGUUUACCGGCCAGGGGGCACAGUGGCCCGCCAUGGGGAAGGCUCUCAUCAUGCAAAUACCAUACGCCCGCGCCGUCGUCUCGGAGCUCGAUCAGUCUUUGCAGCUUUUGCCAGCAGACUACCGACCGACAUGGAAGCUAAUCGACCAGCUCUUCCUCGAAGGCGACGCCUCAAAUGUCCACGAUGCUACAUACUCCCAACCUCUCUGCUGCGCAGUCCAGAUCGUCCUUACGAAGCUCAUCCAAGCUUCCGGAGUCAGAUUCAAGGUAGUUGUUGGUCACAGCUCCGGAGAGAUAGCGUGCGCCUUUGCUGCGGGCUACAUCUCAGCAUCCCAAGCAAUCCGGAUCGCAUACCUUCGCGGACUUACUUCGAAGCAUGCCGGCACCCCGAACGGUGCCGAGGGCGCCAUGUUAGCCGCGGGCACGUCUUUCGACGAUGCGAGUGAGUUGUGCGGUCUUGAGGCCUUUGAGGGCAGAAUCACUGUUGCGGCGAGUAACGCACCAGAGAGUGUAACCCUUUCCGGAGACAAGGAUGCCAUCCUUGAGGCCCAGGUGACCCUGAACGACGAGGGGAAAUUCAACAGGAUACUCAAGGUCAACAAGGCUUACCACUCUCACCAUAUGCGUCCUUGCGCCGAGCCUUAUGUUACCGCCCUGAAGGCUUGCGGGUGCGAUGUUUUCGCCAUGGACGCCGCACCGACGUCCAUCUGGAUCUCGUCAGUCUCCGAAGGCAAGGUGAUGAAGCCCGAGGAUCUCAAGGCCGAGUACUGGGCGGAUAAUCUUCUUUCCCCUGUUCUCUUCUCGUUUGCCGUCGAACAGGCAUUGGUGAAGCACACGCCCCUUGAUAUUGGUGUCGAGGUUGGAGCUCACCCUGCCCUGAAGAACCCAAGCAUCCAGACCAUCGAAAACUGUGCUGGCGCCCCCAUUCCAUAUGUGGGCUGUAUGGAGAGAGACAAGGACGACACCGAAGCCUUCUCUUCGUGCCUCGGCUAUCUGUGGUCGAGAUUUGGCUCUGCUGCUAUUGACGUCGACAGCUUGUACAGCACUCUGUCUUUGGAUGCCAGAGACUUGUCCAAAGAGCUUCCAUCUUAUUCUUGGGACCAUUCCCGCACGUACAGAAAAGAGUCUCGUACUCUACGGUCCUGGCUCGCCGCCGAGAGGCCUCAUCCCUUGCUUGGCAAGCAACUCGCCCACAGCAGUCCUUCGUCAGUGCAAUGGCAGAACUUCAUCCGGCAGCGGGAUAUCGAGUGGCUGGACGGCCACUCCCUUCAGGGGCAGACUGUAUUCCCCGGUGCAGGCUACGUAGUCAUGGCUAUGGAGGCUGCUAUGAAGCUCGCUGGUGACCGGGAAGUUCAGCUCUUGGAAGUUUUGAACCUCAGUAUCGACAAGGCUGUGACCUUUGAAGACGAAAACAGUCUGGUUGAGGUAAACCUCACUCUUUCUAUCGACGCAUCGCAGACCACGGAUGACUACGCCGUAUACGGGUUUACCAUCAAUUCUUGUCUCGCCAGAGAGACUGGUCUCAGCAUAUCAGCCGCGGGUCUGGUUGCAGUCACCUAUGGACCAGGAUCGCUCGAGACUCUGCCAGCUCCUCAAUUAGAGCCACCUCACCUGAACAAGGUUAGCAUUGACAGGUUCUACAACAUGCUCGACGAGAUUGGGUACGGCUACCGAAAGCAGUUCCGAGGAGUGAGCAGCCUCAGACGGGGAGACAGCAAGGCAUGCGGCACCAUCAACUACCAUCGCCUCGAGGACAACCACCGCAACAUGGUCCUGCAUCCUGCUACUCUGGAUGUGGCCUUCCAGAGUUUCAUUGGAGCUUAUACCGCGCCCGGUGAUAGACGUCUGCGGUCUCUUCUGGUGCCUACUGGAAUCAGCCGCAUCGCUCUGAACCCCUGGGUCUCUGACAAGCUCCACGCUCUUUCUAGCCAAGUCAACUUCAUUUCAACCUGCGCGGCAAGUGCGAGAAACUCCGUUGAAGGCGACAUUGAAGUCUUCGAUGCCGAGACCGACGCCACCAUGCUCCACAUAGAGGGCCUCAGCUUCAAGCCAUUCUCUCCGCCCUCGGCUACCGAUGACCAUGAAAUGUUCUCUAAAUGGGACUGGGGCCAGCUCUACCCCGAGGCCUUGCUCGACGACCGCAGAUACCACGCCACUGAGCAGGACAUGGAGGAUGUCAAGGUCAUUGAGCGAAUCACAUACUGGUACAUCAAAUCCUUUUUGGACGGCGUCACCGAUGAAGACCGCCAGAACGCAUCCUUCACCUUCACCAAACAGAUUCAGUGGUGCGAGCACACGCUCGCCGAGGCCAAGGCUGGCCGCAACGUAUGGUACGAAGCAGAGUGGGACAAGGACACGAGGGCUGGCAUUGAAGAAAUGAUCCGACAGAAUGCAUCUCAUCCGUUCGUACGUCUUAUCCAGAGAGUCGGCGAAGGUGCCGUGGAGACGCUUCGCGAGAACAAGAACGCUUUUGACCUCAUGGACCAUGAUGGACUGCUCACCGAGUUCUAUGGCGGCACCGUGAGCUACGGGCAUUCGUACAACUAUUACCAAACAAUGCUCGAGCAGAUCAACCAUCGUUAUCAAAACCUGGACGUGCUCGAAAUCGGCGCCGGAACUGGAGGUGCCAGCAGAUACUUCUUGAACGACGAUAAGCUGUCCUUCAACAGUUACACCUUCACCGACAUCUCGAGCGCCUUUUUCGAGCAGGCUGCCAGCGAAUUUGAGAGACACGUAGAAAAGAUGGAUUUCCGUCCGCUCGACGUUCGCCGCGAUCCCACCGAGCAGGAGUUCAAGCCUCACUCGUACGACCUGAUCAUUGCCUCGAACGUGCUCCACGCUACCCCACGGCUCGAGGAGACUUUGAAGAAUGUCCGAACUCUGCUGAAGCCCGGCGGUCGCUUGAUCGUCAUCGAAGUUGUACACCGCGAGCACACUCGCAUCGGAUUCAUCUUUGGCUUGUUCGCUGAUUGGUGGGCUGGCCAUGAUGAGGGCCGUACACUCGAGCCCUUUAUAUCUUACGAUCAGUGGGAUGUGCUGCUAAAGAAGACCGGAUUCUCCGGUAUUGACGGCCGUACUCUCGACCCCAACAGCAGGAUUUUCCCAAACGGCGUAUUCCAUACUCAUGCUGUCGACAAUCUUGUGUCAAGACUUGAUUCGCCAUUGACUGCCCCCGUCAAAGAGCCAUAUGCGCCACUCGUCGUCAUUGGGGGCUCUUCGCCCAAGACGGCCGAGCUCGUUGACAAGCUGUCCGGCGUCCUACCAGCGCGCAAGUUGGAUAGCAUCUCUUGCAUCAAGGAAAUCAUCGACUUCGACUAUCAACCGGGAUCCACAUUCAUUGUGCUUUCCGAAAUGGAUAAGCAUACCUUCGCUGAACUGGACGAUGAGCAGCUCGAUGCCUUGCAAACCCUCCUCAACGCCGCAAGCAACAUUUUAUGGGUGACCGAGGACGCCUGGGUCGAGAACCCUCAGCAAGCCAUGACAAUUGGAUUUCUUCGCACUCUCCGCAUGGAGUACCCGGACGUAAAUAUCCAGGUGGUGAAUGUCGACAAGGCCGAGAAUGUAAAGCCCGAGUUCCUGAUCGAGACCGCUUUGCGCCUGGAAGACGGCGCAAACUGGCAGGAUGGCGGCAUUCUGUGGACGCAAGAGCCAGAACUGUUCUUGUCGGGCGACAAGGUCAUUGUGCCACGUCUAAGGCCCGAUGUUCCCAAGAACAACAGGCUGAAUGCUGUCCGCCGCCCAAUCCUGAUCGACGCGGACCCUAGACGAGAGACGUUGAGCGUUGAGUAUGAUGGAGACGAGCUCUUUUUCAAGGUGCUCGAAGAACGCUUCAUUCCCUCGGCCGUCGAUGAGUCUCUUGUCAAGGUCCGCGUGCAGUUCUCUCUCGCAAAGGCUCUCAGAAUUGGUCAGCUGGGCUAUUUCAAUCUGCUUCAGGGCAGGAUUGCUGGGUCCGAAGACACCGUGGUAGCUCUCUCAGGGGUCAAUGCUUCCUCAGUCCGAGUCCCUUCCAGCCGGCUCGUCACCGUAAGCAACAGGGAGGAGGCGUCUUUGCUCCCAGCCAUCUCGGCGGACCUUUUCGCUCAGACUCUGGUGUCCGACCUCGCUCCAGGCUCAUCCCUGCUGGUCUUUGACCCUCCCAGUUUCUAUGCCGAGGCGUUGAUCCGCCGAGCAGCGGCUUCCAGCGUUACCCUCACCUUUGCGUCGAACAAGCCAUCUCCAAAGGCGAGGGGUAUCCACUGGGUUCAACUGCAUGAGAAAGAGACACAGCGGGGCCUUUGCCAGAAGUUGCCGCGAAAUCCUUCAGUCUUCUACGAUCUGACUGGGGAUCGAAAUCCAGCAAGCCUGAGCAACCGGCUCGCUAGAUGUCUCCCAGGCAGCUGCUCUAUCCGCCGUGUCGACAAUUUGUUCCAGAACGUGGCCGCACCAUUCGCUCCGGAAACGUCUCGAAAGGCAUCUGCUCUUCUCGCCGACGCCAUCGGUGCAACCGACAAGCUCACUACCACGGCCCACGAUGCACCUGUCCUCCAGGGCCAGAAGAUGGCGUCUUCGAAGGGGGCUGUCGGGAUCAAUACUAUCAUCGACUGGAGGUCAGACCAGAUCAUUCCCAGCCGCGUUCGUUCCAUCGAGACAGAUCAGACGUUUGUCGACACCAAGACAUACUUGUUGGUCGGUCUUGCUGGUGAUCUGGGUCGCUCUAUUGCCCGCUUCAUGGUUGAGCACGGCGCACGCCACGUCGUUCUAACCAGCCGCUCUCCCAAGAUUGACCAGCGGUGGAUCGACGAGAUGUCCCAGAUAGGAGGGAACGUCAUGGUGCUUGCAAUGGAUGUUUCCAACGAGGCCUCGGUCGACGCAGGCCUCGCUCAAGUCAGGGCCUCCAUGCCAUCCAUCGGCGGUGUUGCCUUUGGACCACUUGUUCUCCAGGACGUCAUGUUCAAGAACAUGGACCUCUCGAUGCUGGAAAUGGUGCUCGCGCCCAAGGUCACGGGCGCUCGCCUGCUGAACGAACGUCUCUCGGACCCUGCCAACCCGCUCGACUUCUUCGUCAUGUUCUCAUCCUUCGUCAUGGUGUCCGGAAACCCUGGACAGGCAGCGUACAGCGCCGCAAACGCGUACACGCAUGCCAUCGCCCAGCAAAGACGUGCUCAUGGCAUGGCCGGGUCGACCAUAGACAUCGGUGCCGUGUUUGGUGUUGGCUUCAUUGCCAGAGCUGGUCGCGAGCACGAGUACGAUGUCGUCAAGUUCAUCUUUGACGAGGUCAACGAGUGGGAACUCCAUGCGCUCUUUGCUGAAGCAGUCGUUGCCGGUCGAAACAGGGCCAUCAAGGACGUCGAGGUCAUCACCGGCAUGCCGUACAUGGACCCCGUCAACCGUGACCGCAUCCCCUACUUUGAUGAUCCACGGUUUGCUUACUUCAAGCUGUCUGAUCGCAAGGCCCGUGGGGAUGACGCCGCCGGCGCUGCUGGAUCCAUCAAGGACCGGCUUUUACAGGCAGAUGGCAUUCAGGAGGUCCGCGAAAUCAUCAUCGACGGCCUUUCCAGCAGAAUUUGCGGAGCUCUGCAACUCGCUUCCGCCGAUGAGCUCAAUCUGAUAACUCCUCUGAUCGACCUGGGAGUGGAUUCCCUCAGUGCGGUCACGAUCGGCUCAUGGUUCUCCAAGAAUCUCAGCAUCGACAUUCCCCUUCUGAAGAUCCUUGGCGGCGCCUCUGUCAAUGACCUGGCUGACGAGGCCGUCUCCCGGUUGACCCCUGAAGCCAUUCCCUUGGCGCACUCCGGAGCAGCACAUCCUUCCGGCGAAGCGCAGCCUGCGUCUGCCUUGCCCGCCGAAUCAACCGCCGACGCCACUUCGUCCGUUGAUUACGACGACGUUCCAACGCCAGCGUCUUCACUGGAGGAGGAGUUCUCCGAGCGCAAGGCACCACUCUCCAUCGCGCAAGAGUACGCUUGGAAGCAGCAACAGCUUCCGCUGGAUCCAAAGACCUUCAACAGCACGAUCGGCAUGUAUAUGCAGGGUCCUCUCAAUCUCAACCGCCUCGCCUGGGCUUUCAAUCAGGCAUUGCUGCGCAACGACGCGUUCCGCACGUCGUUCAUCCCGGACCGGGACGACUCGGGAAACCCUAUCCAGUUCGUCAUGAAAACGCCGCAUGCCAAGUUUGAAGCCGUCCAUGUUGCAGACAAGGCCGCCGCGGAUCAGGGGUUCAAGGAUCUGGAGGGCUACCAGUAUGAUUUGGCCAAGGGAGACACCCUCAAGAUCGUGAACUUCCACUGGUCGCCUACUGAUCACCUUUUGGUCAUCGCUUACCAUCGCCUUGUCGGUGAUGGCUGGACAACUGAACAUCUCUUCGUCGAGGCCGGCCAGCUGUAUAGCGGCGCUCAGCUCCAGCCUGCGCCGAGCUAUGCCGACUUUGCCAUUCGUCAGCGCAAGCACCUCGAGGCUGGCGAGUUCGACAAGGACCUCGACUACUGGAGCGACCUGUUCAGGAGCUUCCCGGCAAGACUUCCCGUACUUGUCGUCCCCGGUGCCAAGGCGAACGUCGUUCCGACAUGGUGGACUGAGCACGGAGUCACGGCACGGCUCAACCGUAUGGUCGCCAUCCGCAUCAAGGAUCGCAGUCGCAAGCACAAGGUGACGCCAAUGCACUACUAUCUGGCCGCCUUCCACGUGCUGCUGGCGCGUCUCACCUCGAGCACCAACAUCGUCAUCGGCGUCGCCGACACCAACCGGCCCACGCUCGUCGACCAGGCCACCAUGGGCUACUUCUCCAGCCUCUUGCCCGUGCGUCUCGACUACGCCUCGGACAAGAUCUUCAACGAGGUUCUCCUGGCCGCCAAGGAACAGUUGCGCCUGGCGCUCCUCCACAGCGCGGUGCCUUACGGUGCUAUCCUCGACCGGCUCGGCCUGGCCAACCCGACUGCCGACAAGGCACCGCUUUUCCAGGCAGUUUUCGACUACAAGCAGGGCCAGGCGGAGAGCGGAAACAUUGGGGAGGCCAAGAUUGUGGAUUCGCGCACGCCCCGCGCCGGGUCGCCUUAUGAUAUCACAUUGGAGAUGAGCAAUGACCCAACCAAGGAUCCCUUGAUCACGAUCAAGUUACAGUCGGAGCGGUAUCAGUCGGAAGAUGCGGACGUGGUCAUGAACGCCUACCUUUCGAUCUUGAGCAUCUUUUCGAGAAACCCAGCGCUAAGAGUUGAGGAUGGAAGACUGGACCAGGGCGCGAAGGCGCGGGCUUGA